AUGGGCGGGCAGAGGGUGGAGGACGGCCGCCCGCCGUCCAAUCUGCAGCGCUUCCUCGACUGCACCACCCCGACAGUCGACACGCACAUUCUCCCCAAGACCAAUGGCCGGCUGUCCAAUGACGCGUGGCACCAUGCCGACGCCGACAGCCUCGAGUACUUCAACCUCGCCGACCUGUGGGAGCAGUACUACGAGUGGAGCGCGUACGGCGCCGGAGCCACCGUGCAGCUGCACGGAGGGGACAAGGUGGUUCAGUACUACGUCCCGUACUUGUCAGGGAUACAGCUAUACACCAACAAAGUCCUCAAUGCAUCCAGGAGUUUUGGUGAGGAUUAUGGCAUGGACUUCUGGAGCGAUGAUGACGACAAUGAGAAGAUGUCAAGAUCCUGGAGCUCAACAUCUGACGACUCAUUUAACUGCGACGUGGUAGGAGGGAACAGGAGGCGACCUGGCCAUUUGUACUUUGAGUUCUUUGAAGUUUGCUCUCCUUAUGGAAGGAUCCCCCUCAUGGAUAAGGUAUAUGAAUUAUCCCAGGGCUUUCCUGGGUUGACAUCGCUGAAGAGUGUCGACCUUUCGCCUGUCAGUUGGAUGUCAGUUGCCUGGUAUCCUAUCUACCACAUUCCCUACCAACGCAAUGUGAAGGACUUGUCUGCGUGCUUCCUAACUUACCAUACCAUUUCCUCUUCAUUUCAAGAUCACACACCGGAGACCAUGACCUAUGGCUCAGCUGCCAGUGGGAAACAGAAUGACCAGAAGGCCAACACAGUAUCACUAGCCCCGUUUGGACUCGCAGCAAACAAGAUACAGGGCUCUCUGUGGACCAACCCCAGGACAGGAGAUCAUAAGAGGAUCGUCUCCCUCUUCGGCGCAGCAGACUCUUGGCUUAAGCAGCUUGGAGUCCGGCACCAUGACUUCAACUACUUCGUCACUCACUCCAUGUGA